CUAAACGAUCAGAGGGACAACAAAGCAGCACAAACCCAGGAACAACAGCCGUCGAGUUAAAUGAAGCGACCGCUUUAGUCUGUUUGGAUUACAUUUGCGCACGAUGCAGGAGGUGUUUUUUAAAUCUGCGUUACCUGCGCAGGACUCGUUCUUGCUGGAGGACUCCAGUCUGGCUCUACCUGCCAAAAUGACACCGAGAUCCUCGACCGGAGGGAGUUCAAACGAGCGGAGUGUGCGCGUUCACCAGCAGGUCCAGCUCACACUGGCACGGAAGGCGAAAAGGGCUGUGUCUAAUGGUAGUGUCCAUUUACAGAGAAACACUGCAAAGAGCUUUGACGCAACAGAUGGACAAUUACUAAACAUGAAGGUUAAUGGAUUGAGCCUCACCAACUGUUCUCUAUCAAGUAACAAUGUGCAGAGGCCAUCCAGGAGAGUGGAAGUGUCUCCACCACCGAGCCCUGAGUUACCUCGCAGUCCCUUCAAUUAUAACACUCUACGUUUCAACACAUACACCCAUCCAGGACCCAGUCGGUCCCACAGGAUGGGCCCUCUGCUGGACCGCUCAUUUGCCUCCGAUUCAUUUCAUCGCUAUGCCUUCUCAGAGGCACCUCGUGUCAGGCGGCCACUCGCAUCCACUUCCGCAUACGGGACCUACCGCCAGAGGUCAUUCAGACAGACAGCAGUGCCACAUCCUGUGGUUGCAAAUGCAGCAUUUCAGCAAAGUGGUGAAUAUAGCCCUAGCUGGGGUCAAACUGUUGUCAAACACGAUAAACACACUGUUGAGGGACCAAAUGGCGAUAUGAUGCUCGGUGCUAUACAGCCUGAUGACGGCUUAUCCUGGUUGGCUCAGGUCAGGAGGGAGGGGCGGAGCCUCAACAGACUGAGUUCAUACCCACCUUCGGUCGUGAGUAUGGAGGUGGACAUGGGGAGGCAGAUGGAAGUGGAACUUCCUGUUCAGCAGAUACCAACGCAGAACGUCAUGACACUGAAGUCAGAGAGCAAGCCUCCAGAGAUGACAUUAGAGAGGGCCGUGAACCUGUUGACCCAGGAUAAUGAGGAAACGCUGAUCUGUGCAGCCAGCCACAUACAGAAUCAAUGUUUCAAGAGUGCCGAUGCUAAGAAGAUGGUGUACUAUCUCCGUGGGAUUGGAAAGCUCCUGCAGCUCUUGGACAGUGAUGAUGAGGAGGUGCAGCGUGUCGCCGCUGGGGCUCUACGCAAUGUCGUUUACCAGAACAGCGAAAACAAGAUGGAGGUGAAGGAAAAUGACGGCCUGGCCAUCAUUUUGCGUGCACUGAAGAGCAGCCAUGAUGUGGAGACCAGACGACAACUUACUGGUCUUUUGUGGAAUUUGUCCUCUCAUGACCUUCUGAAGGAGCGUCUCUCUAAAGAGGCCCUGUCUGUCCUCACCCAGUCCGUUCUGGUACCUAGUUCUGGCAUAUCUGAGGGCGAAAACCCAAAAGAUGAGCUCCUGGCUGACGCUGAGUCUUUCCACAAUGCCACCGGCUGCCUGAGAAAUCUGAGCUCUGCUGGUCCAGAAGGAAGGAAAGCAAUGAGGGAGUGUGAGAAUUUAAUUGACUGUCUGGUCUACUACAUCCGGGGAGCCAUCGCUGACUAUAAGGAUGACAAGUUCACAGAGAACUGCGUCUGUGUCCUGCACAACCUGUCUUAUCAGAUCGAGGCAGAGCUUCCUCAGAAGUACACCACAAAUCUCAGAGAAUCUCGACAAAACUUGGCUCCCAAGCAGAAAGCUGUCGGCUGCUUUGCUUAUCGCAGUGCCAAGAUCACAGAGCAUCUGGAGCGACAGUGCCCCCUGCUGGAGGAGAAGGCUAACCCCAGUGGCGUGGAGUGGUUGUGGAGCGCCAUCACUAUCCGGAUGUAUCUGUCACUGAUGGCCCGCAGUGUGCGUCAAUACACCCAGGAGGCUGCCAUCGGAGCACUGCAGAACAUCACCGCUGGGAGCGGAGCGCAGGUGACUGAGGCCAUCGCCUUCACCAUUGUUCAACGGGAAAAUGGUCUCCAGCACGUAAAGAAGAUGUUUGAGGAGGGAGAGAGUGAUGUGAAGAGGAUGGCAGUAUCUCUAAUAAAAAACCUCUCGCGCUACCCAGAACUGCACCCUGAAAUUGUGAAGCAGGUGUUGCAAGAGUUAAUUUGGAUGUUACCAAACGACGACACCGGCACUGACCUGCCCACAGAGGUGACGGCCUCUCUCUGUCACAUCCUCACUAACCUGAGUCAGAGUGACAAAGAGCACGUCAGAGCCAUCGUCAACCACGGAGCCCUCCCGAAGAUCAUCAACAUCAGCAGCAAGUACAGCGGUUAUGGACCAACCAGAGCGGGUCAGGCAGCGGGUGUCCUCCUGCACACCAUGUGGAAACACACAGAUCUCCAUGGAGCCUACAGGAAGUGUGGCUACAGGAAAUCUGAUUUCAUUAAUUCAAGGACAACAAAGGCUGUGAACUCUGGACGAGACUGAGCCGAAGAUCUAAAAAUGACAAAUUCAAACUGCAGCUGUUGACAAUAACAGCAGCAAUCACGUGAUGCACUGUUCCUCCUCAAAUGGACCGCUUGUGAACUUUGUCUACAUUUCCCUCAAAGGGCCCAUGAAAUGGCUUUAAAAAUGUACAUUUAUUUUGUUUUGUUAGUGUUGCUGUUAGUGUUAGUCAUUAGUUAUCUUGAUUGCAUGACACAGAAAAAGAGCAGGAUGUUCGGUUAAAAUAAUGCAUAACUGAACAAGAAGAAUAUUGCACAACUUUUGUUUCCAGAUAUGUCUGCCUACUAUUUUAGCGUCAUUGUCAGAAAAAAAAAAAAAUUUUCCUGAAAAAUGCAAAAUCUGUCUAACAAACUUAUGAAUGAAUUUCAGAGUACUUCUUUAUGUUUGUGUAGUUUUUUACUGUAGCGGCAGCUCAACAGUUGAGAAUACUGUUCUGUGUGUUUUGUUUAUUUUAGCACUUUGGGUGACACAGUAGAAGCACGAUUAAAAUAUUCAAAUAUUCCCGCUAAAGAAAUUGUGAAGGACGAAAAUCAAAUCAACAGCAUUAUUUUUGACAAAUCAGUGGACUGUUAUAUAUGGUAAAUGUAUAUAAAAAUGCCUUUUUUAAACAACAGCAACAAGCUGAUUUCUUGCUGUUGAGUUGAUUUCUCAAACGAGUAAAUUGUGUUGAAUGAAUUUUGUUGUUCAUUGUGUUUUGUGAAAUAAAUUCCCUGAAAAACAGAAUUCAGCAGUUAAAAGAAAGAAUUGUUGAGGGUCGGUAAAUCAGCACUCAACUUGUGCGAAUGGCAAGCAAAAAGCAAAAUACUUAGCAAACCCUAAAAGCCCUAUAAUAGGGACAACUAAGUACAUAUUUAAGAAGUUCCUCAUUCAAAGUGUCAUCUUUAUUUUUAACUUAACAAAGUGACUAAUGAGAUUAAAGCCAAAGACAGUGACAUGAAUUAUUUCUAAUGUGCACUAUUCCUUGUUUGUGUUUGUUUUACUAACUACUCGUCUGCUUUGUAUGUUUCUUGUGUUUUGUGAGCUGAAGAUAAAUUUCCACCCAUG